UUUGAAGGGCAGCCAAUGGCGGCGUGGCCCAGAAACGUGGUGAAGGAGCACCGGGCUGCCGCUUGGCUGCUUUACAUAUUCCUGCUGAGCUUAUUUAUCACCUACGCCAGCGUCACUAUAAACCAUAAUCUGCAGCGCCGAGACCACCCGGUUGUGGUGGAAGACGUCGUAGAGGAGGCGUGGACGCUACCGGACAUCGUCGUGUGCCUCAUUUACACCGAUGGAUUAUUCGAGUUGGGAAGGUAUGCUUGUGGUGAUUAUAAUAUAUUUGAUGAUGACGAUGGCAAUUAUCAAUGGUGCGACGCCUCCGCUUACCUGGUGGGGGGCAACGUCACUGCCCGCGAUGAUCCACACGUCUGCGUUCACUUCGAGACAUCCACGCUCGGACAGCGAUCGCGAGGCGAUCAAACAUUGCUGGAAUUUACAUGGAAAGAGCACGACCCUUUUCGACUAGUCGACUGGGAUCCAAAAUGGUCACAGUUGCGCGAGGCAGCUGUGAUUCUGCGCGGUGGUGGAGGAGAUAUGGGAGAGUACCUGCGAACCCUUUUCUCAAGCGGUGGCUUUAUGGCCGACGAACUUUAUUAUCUUCCCAUAUCUACGGCUUCCGACGAUGUAGGUUUCUCAAACGACAUGAACCCUGAGAAGGAGGUCCAUCGGCGGCUUGGACAUCCCUACAAGCUUCCGCCGCCACCGACACAAGACGAGGCCAGCUUUCGGGCGACUUUUACCACGAGUCCUUUGGUGAAUUACCAAGGGAAUAAUAGUAACAUGCAAUUCGAGAGCUGUUAUGGAAGCGACGAAAAAGGAGGCUCAGCAUUCUCGGUGCCGAACGCCCACGGCUGUCCGGGGCAUCCCGUUCCAUGGUUGGCUGACUACCUUAAGUUCUAUCCCGACUACGUGACCGUGGGCUACUUUCAGCUCUACAUUGACAUACACUCAUUAAAAACACGUUACUACAUCGAGCAAGACCCCAUGGAGCCCCUGAAGCUCUGGGGCAUACUGGCGGGCACAUUCACUCAGGUCGGCAUGCUCUUCGGGCUAUGCUUCAUCGGCAAGGCGCACCUCCGCGCACGCUUUUCGAGGAAGGCGGCCGAGGCGGUCGGUGAACGAUCGUCGAGGCUCGGCGCGCGCCUGUCGUCGACGCCCGCGGUCACGCGGCUGCGCACGCGGUCGGCGAGCCUCGGUGCGCGCCUGACGCGAUCUCUUCCGGGUUCGAAAGCAUCGAGAUCGGAGGACAGCGAUGCCGACGCGAGCGCCGCCGUCGAGCUCGGGGAGGUCACGAACCCAGUGUCGUCGCCGGAGCCACUCGGCAGGGGCGAACCGGAGGGCAUUGAUGUUUUCGCACCACCUCGCGCGUCAGGACUGCUAUAA